GACGCGACGUGACGCGGCGCGAGUCCCAUCUUAGAGUUAUAUGUUCACUGAUGUUCAUAAUUCCGGCUAUUUUCGUGUUUUACGGAGUAAGUGUCAAAAUAUCCACGAUUUUUUGUGAAUCAUCGACUCGAUAGUGAAGUUACAACCGCCAAGUGGAUCUCGCAAAAGCUUAUUCCGACACUGAAGCCGAAAUUUAUCACGUACGCGUAAUUAUCGUAACGCCCAUCGGUCGACCAAGCGGCUUUGUAACGUUGUUGGAGUAUGCUCUUUCAAGUUGUUCAAUUCAACGCUAAGUAGAUCAUCGAAAUCAGCAAAAAUAUCGCAGCAGUGCUAACAUCAAUUAUUUAUUGAAAAAUCUGCUGUAUUCUUGAUAAUACGGAUUGCUGGAGCGCAUAAUAUAAAAUGGCAUUACCACCGAAUUACAAACAAGUCGCAAUGGCUACUUCGAACAUCGUAGCCUCUAAUCAACGAAUAAGAGCAUCUGGUGGGAGCUCAAGUAGUUCAACAAAUACUAAAGAUGCCCAGAGUCCAUUUGUACAAACUCCUCAUAGCCAUCCAGGAUUUACACCACAGAAAGUUGGAAAAAAUACCAAUGCUGACUCUCGUAUGCCAAAACCGCCAAAGCCACCAGAAAAACCGCUUAUGCCAUAUAUGAGAUACAGCAGAAAGGUAUGGGAUCAAGUAAAAGCACAGAAUCCAGAAUUAAAACUAUGGGAGAUUGGCAAGAUUAUCGGACAGAUGUGGAGAGACUUGCCAGAAGAAGAUAAGACAGAGUUUAUAGAAGAAUAUGAAGCUGAAAAGGUGGAAUAUGAGAAAAGUUUGAAGACUUAUCACAAUUCACCUGCAUACUUAGCUUAUAUUGCAGCUAAGAAUCGUGGAAAAUCUGCUUUGUGUGCAGCACAACAAAACAAUGAUGAUCGAGAAAGUCAUGAACGUUCAUCAGGCAGCAGUAAAAGCCAAGCGGCUCAAGACAGGAGAAUUGAUAUUUUACCAGCUGAAGAUGAUGAUGAUCAAGAUGAUGGAUAUUCUGUAAAACAUGUGGCAUAUUCACGUUACACGAGGAACCAUCGACUCAUCAAUGAGAUCUUCAGCGACACUGUUGUCCCAGAUGUUCGUUCCGUAGUUACUACUCAAAGAAUGCAAGUUUUACGUCGUCAAGUACAGUCUUUAACAAUGCAUCAGAAAAAACUUGAGGCAGAAUUGCAACAAAUUGAAGAGAAAUUCGAAGCAAAGAAACGUAAAUUUAUAGAAACCAGUGAAAUAUUUCAAGAGGAAUUAAAAAAGCACUGUAAGCCUGCAGUGGAUGAAGAAACAUUUAACAAAAUGGUAGAGCGGCAGUAUGAAGCUCUUAGACGAGAGAGACUAAAAGGAACAGAGGAGAAUCGUUCGGACGGACCAGCGUCUAGUGAAUCUACACCAAACUCCACGCCGACUCCAACUCCUGCGUCACUUAAUGAUGAGACUCAGCCUGAUGUUUCUGAUAAUGAUUCAAUGGAGAAGAAACCCAGCGGCAUCGAUAAGUCUAACAUCGAGAUGAACAAGAAAAUGUCGCCUCCAUACAACGAAAAUAAGCCUGAGCCUCCACCAGUGCUGCAACCAAAUGUUAAUCAGCAACACGUAUCAAACUCUGGAAUGUACUGUAACAAUGUAAUCAAUCCGAUUCAACAGCAUCCUCACCAGCAACAGACGCAGACGCCGCAACAUCCACCGCCGCCGCCGCCGCCUCAGCAUCAACCGUCACCUCCUCAGCAACCGCAGCAGCAUCAGCAGCCUCCUCCGUCGGUGCAGCAGCAUCAACCGCCGCCGCAGUCGCCGCAGCAUCAACCGCCGCAGCAUCAGCCGCCGCCGCCGCAGCAUCAGCCGCCGCAGCAGCAUCAGUCGCCGCAGCAUCAGCCGCCGCAGCAUCAGCCGCCGCAGCAUCAGCCGCCACCCGUUCCGCAACAUCAACCGCCGCCGCCAUCGCAACCGCAACCACAGCCACCGCAGGCGCAACAGCAACAGCAACAGCAACAGCAACCGCCACAACCGCAACCGCAACAACCACAGCAACAGCAACCGCCGGUUCUAUCGCCGCAACAACCAACCACAACAGCCGCGGCGGCGGCUGCAGUCGCAGCGGUGGUCGCGAGCGCGAACGCGACCGCUAAUUCCGCUCCACCGAACAUGCCGCCGGUGUCCGCAUCAGCAGUGCCAAUCCAGCACAAUCCUCAUCAACAAGGAAUGCUACCGAAUCACUCGAUGCCGCCGCAUCAAGCGGCGCAAGGUACUCAGGGUACGCAGGUCAUGGCGCCACAAGGUCCGGUGGCGAAUCCGCACACUCCUCAAAUGAUGCCGCCUAAUCAGGCUUACGGCCAGCAGUAUCAGUCUGGACCUGGCCCGCAGCAACCUCAAAAUGUUCCCCUGGCUCCGCGACCGCCGCAUCCCACCUACAGUUAUACCCAGCAACAACCGUAUCACCAACCUUAUCCGCAAUAUGCUCAUCCGUACUAUCAUCAGCCGUACUCGCAGUACUCGCCCCAUCCGAUGGGACGUCCCCACGGCCACGGUCCUCAUAGCCCGCACAGUCCGCAUUAUCAUCCGCAAUCGCCUCACACGGUUCCCGCCGAGAGUAACAAUGCCAAUGCAAACGUACCCGGCGGCACAGCAGCCGCGGCCGCCGCUUCCGCACCCGCUCCUGAUGCCAACAAUCCUGCUUCCUACUCCUCACCCGCGGGACACUGCGAGGGUGAACGCCCUGGUCCGCCAGAGAAUCAGGAAGGUCAGGUAGAUACUAAAUCAGGAUCCGUUUAAUUAUUCUUUAUUUUACAAAUUCUUUUUAUAUAUUCCCUUUAUAUUCUUAGACUGUAUCGGACUUGAUGUAAUUCUUCGAUUUAGAUAGUAAGAAUGUAGUAGUAAUUUGUUUUAUUAUAGCUUAUAAUCACGCAGGACAUAAAACUUACAUUCUGCGUCACACUGAAUUGAAUCUUAAAUGUAUUCCAUUAAUUUAAUUAAUUUAUUAAUUUAAGCAAAUUAGGUAAAUUAAUUAAAUUAAUAUAAUCUUAUAUCAUGAUACAACAUCAUAUCGUAAUAUUGUAUCAUGAUACAAUCUAACUAAAAUAGGGACAUUGUAUGCAAAAUGAUACUUUGAUUAUAUCUCUGAUACAACCAGUAGUACAUCCUCGAUAUGAUCAAUAAUAUCCGCGAUGUAAUCAGUCUUACUUUACUGUAGGGAUGGGCAAUGUUUCUCGAUUAAUCGAAAUAACCGUUAGUUUUUUUCCCAAUCGAUACUUGAUUCUUUUAACUUAAAAUCGCCAAACUGAUUUUUUAAAAAUAAAUCAGUAUUAAAUAUAAUCCUAUAUAUCUCGGAAUCUCGUUUCAGAUUCUGCGGAAUAAUUUUUUGCAGACGCUCGACGCUGUAUGCAACCAUGUAAUGUUUGUAAUAUUAAUAUGCAUGUGCACGAUUAUGGGUGCGUGCUAUGCAACAAAAAACUUUUUAUUUUAAUAAAAUUAAUAAAACUGUUUUUUCUUCA